AUGUCAUCCCCAGGUAAGAGUGAGAGAUCUAAAAGAUACAACAGUCCUUCUCCAUUCCGUGUCAUCUCCCCACGAAGAGUCAACCAAGAACGACAACCACUCAUAGAUCGACCACUGUCAGAAUAUGAAUAUGGAUCAAUUCUUUCUAAUAAUAAUAAUAAAUAUCCUCCACAUAUUCCAUCUCAUUUAAUUAAUGAAUUACUGUCAAAACUGGGUUCAGCUUCCCCUUCUCCACUUCCUCUUGCUGACGCCGAAUCAAUAAUAUAUCAAGCACCUGAUAAUAAUUCUUCAUCUUCAUCUCGUCCAUAUAUCGUACCUACUAAUGUACAACGAAUUGAUGACCUACCUUGGAAUGAAUUACUUCCUUAUUAUCUUCCAUGUUUAUCUUGGAUUGGACAAUAUAAUCUACUGUUUUUCGUUGGGGAUUUAAUUGGGGGGUUGACAUUGGUAUUUUUCAAUUACCUUUAUGUUUAUCUUAUGCAACUACAUUAG